GUCCGUCGCUAGAUGUCGUGCCCAAUGACACAUGAAUGGACAAGUGGCAUUAUGUUCUUCUCUUGCCGUCAUUGUAGGAUACUUACAUAGAAUGUCACUUUGAUGACCAGUGCAUGGUUUCAGUUCUGCCAAACAAUAAAAUGUGACUGGACGAAGAAAGAAGAAAAUUGAACGCGGAAGAUGAAUCGACUUUGGUUUGAUGUCCUACUUUUUCUGUUAGCUGGGUGUAAAUCUUUUACUCUUAUGAAUUUCAAAUCGAUGACCAAUGCAAGUUACGGGUCAGCACAGAUAGGAGACCCAUGGACAGCUGUAACCUUAACGUCAUGUAUCGUCAACUGCAGGAUAAGAUUUAACAAUUGUUUUAGUGUCGUGUACAAUGAGAUACAUAACUUGUGUACUCCAGGAGGCAAGAUAACGUAUAAUGUAUCCAGAGGAAGUUAUCAAGUAGGCGAUAAGUUUUAUUACACCGACCACUGCAACGCCACCCAGGGCUACAAGCUCUACGUCUACAAGUCUGUGGUGAACUGUUUCCGCCUGACUACCAAUUGGGCUGUCUAUCCUGAAGCGAAAUCCAAUUGUUCUGCCAUUGGAGGAAGAAUCAUGCAAGGCAAGACCAGAGACUCUCUCGACCUGUUUUUGUCUUUCUGUAAGAAUGUGUAUAAAACUUAUACUUUCUUGGGCUUGACGGACAUUGUCACAGAGGGAACAUUUGUCUGGGAAGAUGGAACCGUGUUAGACCCUACCUGGAAAAACACUGUUUUUUACUCAGGUGAACCAAAUGGAGGCUCCGUCUAUCCAAAUGAUGACUGCGCUGUCUGUGGUUCAUACAGCGGUUUCUCAAGUGUUUUCGAUGCAGGAUGUCUUAGAGUACCACCAGAAGAACAUUAUUACAUUUGUGAACUUGUGGAAUAAAAUGGCAAC